GCAUGACGUGUCUUGGAGCUGAGAGGGAGCGAGAGAGAGAGAGAGAGAUAGAGAGGCAGCUUUUGUUGUGUGUCUUCUAGCGGAGAAUGACGCUUCGAGAGCGGGAGCAUGAGGCAGCAGCGGCAGUCUGCAGAGCCGGGGAUCUUUUACUGACAGCGCAGACAGACAAAAAGAGACGGAGACGAGGGGAAGAGUGGUCGGCUGGGCAGGGGCAGCCAGGGCGAGUGCUUCAACACUUCCCCGCUUCUAAAUGAAAUACUGCAAGAAGAUCAGGAGAACGAAGAUGUGGCAUCACCUGCUCUGGUCAGCGUGGCAGGACGCAUUCACCGAACUGACUUUUGCUUUAACUUGAGUCUCUGGUUGAAGAAUCUGCAGCAGCUCUGAAUCCAAGCGUGGCUCAAUGAUCUUCGUCCAAAGGCUUCACCUGUCGGAUGUUAUCUUGGAUGUAAUACACUGCUUGAAUAUCCUUGGAUACUAAAGGGAAUUUUACUUCUCUGCUCUUGCUGAGGUCAAGCCGGUCCAGGGGACUUGGCUUGGCCCUUGAAGAGGACUGUUUCCUUGUUGAAAAAGAAAUACCUGGAUGUUCCCCAUGAAGGGCAUGGAUGCUCCCCGAUCUAGUGGCCUCCACAAGAAGAGGAAGUCGAGGUCAGAGAGAGAUCGUGAGAGGAGACCAAAUGGGAUAAGCACCAGUCAUGUUAAAGGCUCCGUCUUUCACUUUUCGUCUGAUUCGGAGAGGGAAAGCAACAGGGAGCCCUCCUCUUCUCGCCGUAGACCUCCACGGAGAAAACGAAAGGAGUCUACUUCUGCCGAGGAAGACAUCAUCGAUGGCUUUUCCAUCACUGGAUUUGUGACCCUGGAGGCUCUUGAGAACAACAUGAGUCAAAAGCCGCAGGAGUUCACAGACAACCAGGCCGGGCCUUUGCACAAGAAAAAGCCCGGCAGGCUUCCCAACGGCCUGAGCCUGGAGCGCUGCACCAACGACUACCACCAUCACCUGCCCUCAGACCAGGAAAACAAUCCCCGGCUCGCACACGCACACGGCAAGAAGAAGAAGAAGAAACGCCUGAACAAGAAACGCAAGAUGUUAAAGCCAGGGCAGAAGAAUCGCAAGGACAGCGACAGCGAGAGUGUGAGCGGGGAGUCCAAACCAUCCAUCAGAAGCAGCUCCAGAGACAGACUGACCGAUUGCGACACGGAGAGCGACCAGGACGACAAGGUCUCUGAUGCUGGCUCUGAGAAAUUCUUCAGCACUGCUGCAUCUAAAGUUCCAGACUUCGGCGUCCACGUGCUCUCCACCAAUGGCAGACAGGAGCCUGACGCGCCGGGCCUCCUUCAGGUGUCAGGCCUAGAGCGCAGCCAGGAGAGAAGCCAGGAGAGCUGCAGAACCCCCCCACCUCCUGCUUCCAGCACCCCUGAGAACCACCUGUCCCGCCAGGUUGCCCCUGUCUCCCAGCCACAGCCCCAAGCCUCCAUCCCCCAGUCUCCAUCCUCACGUCGGACGAACGGCCCCUCCAAGGCCCCGGCGUCCAUCCUCCCCCCGCCACGAACCGAGGCUCUGCCCAGACCUCGGACUCCCGCCGUCCUGCCUGUCGCCCCGGCCCGAGAGGUCUCGCUGACCCCGCCAUCCCGACCCCAGCACCUGCCAGAGACACACACCCGUCCUCGGCCUUCACCGACGUCAAGCCUUCAUCCACACCCGCCCUCGCCUGCCCUGCCAACGCAUCUUCCCCAGCACCCAGGUCCACACCCCGGACCACAUCGGCCGUCGUCCCGCUGCCACCCCAGACCUUUCUCUGCCUACAACGGCUUCAACGGUCACAGCAGCAGCAGGAGCAGCACUCCGGGCGUCAAACCCCACGGGCCCCCUCUUCCCUCCCCACAUCUCCCCCAUCACCCCUCCCCUCCUGUCCCUGGAGCAGUGGCAGCCUCCACCUUCCCGCUGCCCCUGGUGGCCAACCAGAGCACCCCCCACGGCUUCCCCCCCUCCUUGCAGUCGUCGCCGCACCCACACCACCCCAAUAUGUUUGCUCCUCCUGCCGCUCUGCCUCCACCACCACCGUUGACGUCCAGCACCCUGCCAGUACCGGGACAUCCUGCUGCCGGGAGUGCUUACUCAGAGCAAGAUCUCCUGCGUCAGGAGCUCAACACCCGUUUCCUCGCCUCCCAGAACGCCGACCGGGGCGCCUCUCUCGGCCCGCCGCCGUACCUGCGCACCGAGUUCCACCAGCACCAGCAUCAGCACCAGCAUCAGCACCAACACACCCACCAGCACACCCAUCAGCACACCUUUACCCCCUUCCCCCACGCCAUCAUGCCCACCCCAGCACCGCCCAUGGUGCGUACCCCUGCCAGAAAUUUUGACAAAUACCCAACGAAAGUCGACCCCUUCUACCGACACAGCCUCUUCCACUCGUACCCCCCGGCCAUGUCUGGUCUUCCUCCGGUCAUCCCUCCCACCGGACCCUUCAGCUCGCUACAGGGGGCCUUCCAGCCCAAGACAUCGAAUCCACUGGACGUGUCGUCCAGACCUGGAGCUGUCCCACACACCUUCCUGCAGAAGGACCCCAGGCUAACAGAUCCAUUCAGACCCAUUCUCAGGAAACCUGGAAAGUGGUGCGCCAUGCACGUCCACAUCGCCUGGCAGAUUUACCAUCAUCAACAGAAAGUGAAGCAGCAGAUGCAGGUUGACCCUCACAAGCUGGACUUUGGCCUCAAGCCCGAGUUCCUCAGCCGCCCUCCGGGCCCCAGUCUGUUCGGCGCCAUCCAUCACCCCAACGACCUGGCGCGACCCGCCACGCUCUUCUCUUCUGCAGGUCCGACCCACCCGUCUGCCGCUCCCUUCGGUCACCCGCCUCACCACCCGGGGAACUUCCUCGCGCCUGCCUCUCACUUAGAACCGUUCAGUCGGCCGCCCUCUUUUGGAGGCCUGGGCUCCCUCAGCUCCUCAGCCUUCGGGGGUCUAGGAAACCCUGCACUAAAAUCCCUAACAGCGGCCAACUCUGUGUUUGGCCAUAAAGAGGGCCCCACCGCUCCACAGCACUUCGGCGGCGGCAGCAACAGCGGCCACCAGGAGCCCUGGAAUCGCCUGCACCGCACGCCUCCCUCCUUCCCCACACCGCCGCCCUGGCUGAAGCCCGGGGAGUCCGAGCGGAGCGCCUCCGUCAGCUCGCACGAAAGAGACUCCGAGAAGAGGGACGGUAAAGAGGACAAGGACAGGGACUCUGUCGAGAAGCGUCUUCCCAGCCAUCAAUCGCCGGUUCCCGUCAACCCCAUCGGCCUGCUGGGACACAGUCGCCCUCCCGAGCACCACAGGAACCACCUGCCGCCCGCCCCGGCGGAACCCCAGAGAGAGAAGGACAACAAGAGCAAAGACCGCGAGAGGGAGCACUCGGACUCCUGGAAAGAAGGCGGACCGGACGACCACAAGCUCAAGGACAACCAGCACUCGGAGAAGGACACGGCCAUCAUUCAUGACAGCCGGGUCUCGGAGGACAAGGUGUCCAAUAGGGGGGCGGUGUCUCCCUACGUGCGGCAGACCAGCCUGGAGCGUCCCAACGGCAGCCUGAGCAGGGAGCUCCUGGAGAAGAAGGGAGAGCUGCAGUACGAGCACCAGAAGAAGAGCAGUGAGGUGAAAGUCAAAGAGGAGCGGAAGGAGGAGCAGGAGGGGGUCACGGGCAGGUCCAGUGAACCUCCAACACAAGUCCCGCCCCCGCCCUCCCUUCACCCUCCGUCCUCAAUGCCUGUGCCCAUGGGCAUGGCAGGGGUACACCCCCUCAACAGCAUCAGCAGCCUUGACAGAACUCGAGUGGUUGCCCCCUUCAUGGGUAUCAGUCCCAUCCCCGGAGCCGACAGGUUCCCUUACCCCGCCUUCCACUGGGACCCCAUGAGAGACCCCUACAGGGGCCUGGACAUUCACAGACGGGACCCUCUGGCCAGGGACCUCUUGUUAAGGAGUGACCCUCUGCACCGCCUGGCAGCGCCGCGCCUGUACGAGGCCGAGCGCUCCUACAGGGACCGAGAGCCCCACGACUUUAACCGAGAGCACCCUCUGGCUCUGGAGCAGAGGCGGGAGCAGGAGCGGGCUCAUCUGGAGGAGCGGGAGCGCCUGCUCAGGGAGGACUACGAGCAUGGCCGCCUCCAUCCCGCCAUGCACCACCCAGCACUUGACGGACACCUGUCCCACCACGCCCAGGGUCUGAUGGCCCCCGGGCUGCCGGGCAUGCACUACUCCAGGGUCAGUCCCUCGGCGGCGGCGGCAGCGGCGGCCGCGGCGGCUGCCGCCCAUCAGAAUGGGAUUCUGAACAAAACGCCACCGACCGCCUCCCUCAGUGCCCCCCCGCCCCUGAUAUCCUCACUGGGGGGCCGGCCCGGAUCCCCCCGACGGACUACCCCCCUGUCCGCCGACAUCAGAGACAGGCCUCCGCAUAAAGACAUCGAGGCGCGGUGAGCGGCCUCGCGUCCACUCCGAACUCAGCACUUACCUUUGAGCAAGACUGUACAAUAGCUGUGAAUAACUUUUGUAGGCAGCGUCGUGCCCACAACUCUUUUGUAUAAAACGGCAAAUUAUGGCAAAAAAUAUGAAUUUUCAAGCAAGUUUUCCAGCAGGAUGUGGAUCUUUCUAUUGUACAGCGCCCAGACGCGGGGAGAGUUUUGGAAUGUACAGGUACCCCAGCACUGACGGACCCUCGCCGUGUAGAUAGUGUACAGUGCUCGCUCUGCGUGGAUACAGACUUGGUACAAAUAUGCAAAAUGGUGUUUUCAAAGCUUUAAUUUCAACAAAUGUACAUAGAGAAGUAUUUAGGCAGUGAUGAUUCAGAAUGUGCUUUUGCAGUUUCGUUAUGGCUGGCACCGCUUCACGUUGUACCACAGACCCGUAUUCAACUAUGCAACACAUGUUUGGGCUCUACUCUCUGCAACAUGGACCGACCGGAGCCGGACCGGCGCCGUUUCCUCUCCAGAGCAGCCUGAAACACUGCUGAGUCGGCAGUGUUUCACCCCACUGGGGGGACACCUGGAAUUCACUUGUACUUCAAGUACAAAGCCGCACGAGUCCCACAAGUCUGGAGCGAACGUCGCCGUGGAAAGUCGCCGACUGCACAGUUGUGUCAAGUACUCGUCUGGUGGAGUCUUCUCUUGUUGUACCGACAGAAGGCGGGAGCGAGGGACGGCGUGUUUGUAACCAGCAGAGAUUCUAUUUUAGUAGUUCCACCCAAGGUUUUAGUUGUGCGCUUCCAACUCUGUGAUCCUGUUGUGCAGUGUUUUUAUAACUCCAACAUUAAAGUGUCCACCAGAGCCAUAGUGGUUAGACGUGUCGCAAAACGAAUGUUUUUUGCUGUUUACCAUGUACAGAGAAAAGGUGAAUUCUUGUACAAAGACGAUAAAAAAUGAAGCGACUGAAUCUUCAGCAUGCUCCUCAUUUAAACUUGUGUUAUGUAAAUUGUGCCAUGUUAUUAAAAAAGGUGUACGAAACGUGUGUGUCAUCGUUCAUGCCUCUACCAGGUGGUGUUCUGACAGCGGCUCAGUUCAAAAGCAUGACCGCACGAGGGCGCUAAGCCACUCCAGAGAGCUCAGAGUCAGUUGUUGGGAAGUGACACUGUCAUUAAGUGACUUAAGAUUUUAUUAUUUAUCUAAU